CCCUCCUCCCGCGCUCUCUCCGUCGCCCGCGCCGGCGCACCGGGACGUUCCUUCGCUCUAGCCGCGGUCGCCGAGCCAUGGGUCUUGGGCGCGCCCCAACCCCCCACGAGGCUGCCGGCUCUGCGGCGUGACGGGUGGCCCAGAUGGUAACCAUGGGCCAGUGCUACUACAACGAGACCAUCAGCUUCUUCUACAACAACAGUGGCAAGGAGCUCAGCUCCCACUGGCGGCCCAAGGAUGUAGUUGUGGUGGCGCUGGGGCUGACAGUCAGCGUGCUGGUGCUGCUGACCAACCUGCUGGUCAUUGCGGCCAUCGCCUCCAACCGCCGCUUCCAUCAGCCCAUUUACUACCUGCUCGGCAACCUGGCUGCAGCUGACCUCUUUGCUGGAGUGGCCUACCUUUUCCUCAUGUUCCACACAGGCCCUCGCACAGCCCGGCUCUCACUCGAGGGCUGGUUCCUGCGGCAGGGCCUGCUGGACACGAGCCUAACAGCAUCGGUGGCCACACUGCUGGCCAUUGCCGUGGAGCGGCACCGCAGCGUGAUGGCCGUCCAGCUGCACAGUCGUCUUCCCCGCGGCCGGGUGGUCAUGCUCAUCGUGGGCGUGUGGGUGGCCGCGCUGGGCCUGGGGCUGCUGCCUGCCCACUCCUGGCACUGCCUCUGUGCUCUGGACAGCUGCUCACGCAUGGCCCCCCUGCUCAGCCGCUCCUACCUGGCCGUCUGGGCCCUGUCCAGCCUGCUUGUAUUCCUGCUCAUGGUGGCUGUCUACACUCGCAUCUUCUUCUACGUGCGGCGGCGAGUGCAGCGCAUGGCAGAGCAUGUCAGCUGCCACCCCCGCUACCGCGAGACCACACUCAACCUGGUCAAGACUGUUGUCAUCAUCCUGGGGGCAUUCGUGGUCUGCUGGACGCCGGGCCAGGUGGUACUGCUCCUGGAUGGUCUGGGCUGCAAGUCCUGCAAUGUUCUAGCUGUGGAGAAGUAUCUCCUAUUGUUAGCUGAGGCCAACUCACUGGUCAACGCUGUAGUGUACUCGUGCCGUGAUGCUGAGAUGCGUCGCACCUUCCGCCGCCUCCUCUGCUGUCUUUGCCUCCGCCGGUCCACCCACGAGUCUGCCAGCUACACACCCUCCACCCGGACAGGCCCUAGUACUCGCAUCAUGCUUCCUGAAAAUGGCCACCCCCUGAUGGACUCCACCCUUUAGCCAACCUCAGACUUCAGCGGGGUGCAGCAAGCAACAGAUCGCAGCACCUCACCACUUCUGGAUGCACCUGGCCCUACCCAAUCUGCGGGACAGACUGAAAGGCGGACCCUCAGUCUGACGUGGCACGGCACCACUGCCAGCCCUUCCUAGGCAACAGCUCUGCCUGCCCCAGGGCCUGGUGUUUGGGGUCAUCUCUAAGCACUCCAGAGAGAGUCGGAUGGGGAGCGGAAAUCUGGGUCUUCAGUCAUCUCAGGUUGUGGGUUUUUUUAAUGGACAUUUUUCUAUUUUUACUGCAUAUCCCUGGUAAACUCUGUGGACUGCUAUCUCGUCCGUGGUGGUAUGGGUGUUAAGGGUGGAAAAGAUGAGGGCGCUCUCAGGCCUCACUGCCCAGUGCAGCAGAGUAAGAAGGACGGAACGGAGAUGCACCAUCUGCCUGAGGCUGAUUCUUUAGGGGCACAGACUGAGGGGUUCUGAGAGUGAGCUGGGAAAGAUUUGUGGCCCCUUGCAGCCUCUGGGGGUCUUGCCUGUCCCCAUUAGAAUUGAGGGGGUCCACAGGAAGGGCAUGAUAUAAGGAGAAAACCGUUCUUUCUGCUUUGAGAUCUCUAAAGCAUUCUGCCAUCAACUUAGUCUCUGUCCCUGUAUCCCAGAAUUGUCCACCUUAGCUUGGGCUGGGCUGGGAUCCUUCAAAGUGGCAUUUUCUUGGCUCUGUUCUCAUUCGUCUUCAGUCUCUGUGUGGCUGUCACUCCAUCUCUCUUGUUGGAUUCUUGCAUCCAUUUCCUUUUGCCUCUGUCUCCUCUACCUGUUCCUCUGCCUCAUCUCGCCACUCACCUGUCUGCUUCCGUCCUCUGGAGUCCAGAGUGCUCUCUGACCUGUGUGAGCCCACCCUCUCCUGCCUGCCCUUUUGUCUGAGUCCAGGUUGUGAAUAGUCAGGUAUGUCCGUCCCAUUGCCCACCCCACCACCUACAUACACACCUGUGAGCCAAGCAUAGUGGGGUCCAUGGAGCAGGAUGCAGGAUUUGAGAGUUGCCAUUUCUCAGGCUCCUCUGAUGUGCCUGGCACACUGAUAGGCACUUUAGAUGGAUUCUUUAAUCAUCACCUGCAUCUUUUGGCACAGGUAUUACACUUAUUUUCAUGUGAGGACAGUGGCUCAGAGAGGUUGAGAUCUGGCCCAUGGUUACACAGCUUUGAAAGGGCACAGAGAUGCAUCGAGGGACUAGAGGCCCCUGGGGAAAGGCUUCAGAUUCCCACAAAGUCUGGAGUUGGUCACAAGCUCAGGCCAGCUUUCCCCACGUCACCCACAGCCCCCAAGGCCUCAGACAUGCUAGACCCCUGAUAAGCCCCAUCUCAGAUGCUCAUAGAGGCACGCUGCUAGACUCGAUGGAGACCAGGAUCUAGAUUCUCUGCUUCUGCCUCACCAGGGAGGAGACAGGGUUAUAUCUCUACUUCAGGUUCACAUGCUAAAUAACAGCUGGAAUUUGAACUCAGUCAUCCCAUCAGAGGCCAUUUCUUAAACUACAAAAGCACACAUUCCUGAAGAACCAAAAACAGCUGAGUCUUUCUACAUUAAAUGGGGCUGGGUUUCUCUUUGAGAAAACUCCCCCCACCCUAAGACAACUCCAUGAGGAGGCAAGAAUGCACUGGGGUGCUAGGUACUUCUCCAGGGUCCAAGGUGGGCGGUAUGGCUCCUAAAGCCUAGGGCCUGAAUCUCCAGGGGUGAUGACCCAGGCCAGCACCUUUCACCAUGUGCCCAGGCACACGCCCAUGAAAGAUGGAGUCCUUGCCUCCAUGGAGCUCCAGGACUGUUGGACACACGUGCAACUUUGGGUGCCAAGGCAGCCGACCAAUUUCUAUGGGGUGGGGACCCCCACUGGCCUCCAAAAGGCAGCUCUGUGUUUCACCUGCUCUGAGCUGGCUGCUCUUGAUCAGCAUCCUCCAGGUUCUAACCCACACUCGGAUCUUCUUUGGGAUUUUGGCCCAACAUUUUUUCCUCUCUUGGAGGUCUCUCCUCUACACCAAGUGACUUCAUGUUUUUGUCUCUGCUGGUCCCUGAAGCUUUCAACUUUCUCUCCCCACUACUGUUCUCUGAAGGAGACCAAAGUUACCCACUACUUUUCAGGAGUGCUGUGCAGUGCUGCACUAGCAGUUGACCUUUUGCACAGGCUCACCAUAGCGCCCACAUGUUCUAGUACUUCGUGUUACUGGGGCCAAGUGUUAGGUUUCCUUCAUCAGGGAGCUUUCUAGGUUGUUCUUACACUGGCUCACAUCACUCAUUUCCAUUCCCUGUGGUCUCUUGGAGUCUUCCCAAUCCAAUCACACCAGAUGGUGUUUGCAUUUCCUCUCCAGCAACAAUGGGAAGAAGUUGGGCCCUGUCCUGAAGGGUUCCCAGCGAGGACCCCUUAUGAGCUUGCAUCUGGAGUCUGUCCUCAGAGCAAACAGGCUCUAGGAGGUCCCAUGACUUUGGAAAAGUGAUUAAUGCCCAGUCUGUCCCUUUUCUCUCAUGCGAGGAUCCUUCUCUGAUGCCUUGAGUCCCAACGGCUAGAAACAAAGACCUGUGAAGAUUUGCUCUGACUUGGGGUGCACUGCAGUGUAGAUUCUCAGGAAGCAUCGUUCAUUCAUUGGGUAACCACACGCUAGCAGUUUUCUAGGCCCGGAAUGCUGUAGAGCAAGAGAAUGAAUAAACAGGUGAGGUCACUCUUAUGCCAAA